CAGCGAACACAAACAGGCUGUGCAAAUCGCUCAAUUGGGCCUGGCCCAGUUUGCGUUUGGGCCAACCCAUAUGGUCCCGGCUCUCCCCUCCGACACGUCGCGAUCACUCGCACCGGUCCCCGCUCUCGGCUCUCCCCUCCCAGUCAACAGCAGCGGCGCGGAGCACGACGCCGACACGCCACGCACCAUGGCGGCGAUGACGGUGAGGCACCGGCAGCUGGAGGCCAACGGCAUAUCGAUGCACGUGGCGGAGGCCGGCCCCGUGGACGCCUCCGCGCCGGCGGUGCUGUUCGUGCACGGCUUCCCGGAGCUCUGGUACUCGUGGCGCCACCAGAUGGACUACCUCGCCGCGCGCGGCUACCGCUGCGUGGCGCCCGACCUCCGGGGCUACGGCGGGACCACCGCGCCGCCGGAGCCGUCGUCGUACACCGCCUUCCACAUCGUCGGCGACCUCGUCGCGCUCCUGGACGCCCUCCACCUCCCGCAGGUGUUCGUUGUGGGCCACGACUGGGGCGCCAUCGUGUCGUGGAACCUCUGCCUGCUGCGGCCGGAUCGGGUGCGCGCGCUCGUCAACCUCAGCGUUGCCUUCAUGCCCCGGAACCCCGGCGUCAAGCCUCUUGAGUACUUCCGCGCCGCAUACGGCGAUGACUACUACGUCUGCCGAUUCCAGGAACCUGGACUUGAAGCAGAAUUUGCUGCUUUUGACCUGAAGAGUUUCUUCAAAUUGGCAUUGACUCUUCGGGCCACAGGUUCUUCAGUCAUGGACCUUAGAAAAAUGCAAACAUACGCUAAGCAAAUAGAGCUACCUUCUUGGCUCUCUGAGGAAGAUGUCAAUUACCUUGCAAGUGUGUACUCAAAAACUGGAUUUGCUGGUGGAGUAAAUUACUACCGCUGCUUGGACCUGAACUGGGAACUGAUGGCGCCAUGGACAAGAGCAAAGGUGCAAGUGCCGACUAAGUUCAUCGUUGGGGACGGUGACCUGGCAUACCAUCACCCGGGAGUGAAGAGCUACAUCCACAAGGGUGGGCUCAAGAGGGACGUGCCCAUGCUUGAGGAGGUGGUGGUUAUCAAGGGCGCUGGGCACUUCAUCCAGCAGGAAAGGGCUCAGGAAAUCAGUGAGCACAUCCAUGACUACAUCAAGAAGUUUGAAGCUGGUGUUCUGCCACCACUAAGAGUUUCAAAGCUGUGAAGACUGAUGGCUCAUGUACAGAACUCAAAUGGUCUGGGAACUCUUGUAAACUAGUGUUGCGGAUCUUUCUAUUAUGCAUGGCAUGAAGAACUGAAGAUGAUAUAUUUUGGAGAAAACAGCGAGGAAGGAAGGGAGGGAGGGAAGGAAGGAAGGUGUUUGUCGUCGUUGUCCAUCGACCUUCUCUUUUAUUCCAUCUGCAUAUCGUUUUAAGCAAGUGGAGGGCAUUUUGUAACAGAACAUUUAUAUGCACGUACGUAGCAUAUAUACAUAUAACCGUAAAAUAUAAGUGUUUCAUAAAAGAGUGCAUCUAUCUGGCCUCACGGGGCGGCAA